GCCAAGCCCAAGGUGACAAUAGAACAUGUAUCGCGUUGGUCAGUACUCUUCGAGAUCCACGUAGCACCGUGGCAAUUAAGGGUAACGCGUGCUCGGUGCGCCUAGACGAAGAGGAAGAUUCUGAUCAGCCGGUGAAUCGGUCGAUCGGUCGGUGCUCCGAGGGCGUGUCGAUUAAAAAAGGCAAUCGUUCUCUCCACCCGAUGCCGGGGCAUCGAACUACGGUCUGUUGCGAAUCGGCGCAGAAUCGGCGGCGACGGACGUAGCCGGGAAAAGGCAGCGGCACGUAACGAGAAGGGCUCAUUCAGCGACGGUGAUUUCACGGUGACGAGCACACGGACGAGCACGUUAAUAUCCACACGUACGCGUGUGCGUGCAUCCGUGCGUGUAUACGUACAGCGUAAUUUAGAUACGCAUAAUAACGCCCGCUGCGUAUCGGUGGGGCAAUCGUCAUUUGGGGCGGCACAUGCCUUGUUAACGCUGGCUGAGGCCAGACAGUCGUGCACCAGACGAGAGAGCAUCGAGCAUCGCUGAGCGGCGCGCCGGCGGGAGAUUGACAAAGAGAUAUACAGAGAAAAGAAGAAAACUGUUGAGAGACGAGUCAGGAGUCAUGUCCGACUUGGACGACGAGACCGACACUUCCUGCGGGGAGGAGCAAAUCGUUUCGGAUUGGGAAGUUCGGAAGGAGUGGCUCGAGAGCAUAUUAUCCAAAUAUCACAAUGGGAAAGCGGUCGAAGUUCUGAAGUUUAACGUAAGUCCAGGAUGCACGACGAGCGAGAGCGUGCUUAGCGCUAUCACCAGCGUUACAGGAAGUUAUUUAGCAGCACUUACAACGAAUAAGCCAACGGAUAAGUGCAAACUGUCCAUUAUCAUAAAGCAACUCCCUAGGGAUCCGUUUAGCCGCUUUUUCGUUACCGAAGGUCAAUUCGAUCUCCGAGAGAUUAAAUUUUAUACACAGGUGAUGCCGGAUUUAAAGGAAUUCAAUGAAAGACAACUAGCAAAGACGUCGCUAGAGGAACCGAUUAUAUUACCAGUUCCGAAGUGUUAUCAUGCUCAUUAUAGUCCUGCAGGCGGAACCGACGAUAGCCCGGUGCCGCCGGAAUCGAUAUUAGUAUUGGAGGAUUUAGGCGCUUCCGGUUUCACGAGUGUUAAGUUCUCAGAAGGAUUAACGCUAGAUCAAGCGACAAUCGCGCUAGACGCCAUCGCUCGCAUACACGCUCAUUCCCUGUCGAUGAAAGUCGUAGACGAACAAUCUCUGUCCGAACGUUAUCCAUUUCUUUUUCAAACGGCGAAAGCGACAGACUCGUACCAGCAAUUGGUGGAGCGCGGUUUACCACAGCUGGCACAUUUUCUGGAGAGCAGACCAGGAUUGGAGGCAGUCCUCAAGACUCUGCUGAUUCUACGACCACGCACAAAAGACAUUAUUUCGGCUCUCCUUGCCCCGAAGGGUCCGUUGGCGUUGAUAACUCACACCGAUUUCUGGAGUAAUAAUCUGCUUUUCAGGAAUAAUUAUGGAAUCGCGGAAUGUUAUAUUCUUGAUUGGCAGAUGGUCACUUACAGCCGGCCGACGAACGACGUCGCAUUGCUGUUGGUGAGUUCAGUGCCCACCGAAUUACGCCGCAAGCACACUGAGUCGCUCUUGAACACAUAUUGGGACAAGCUAAAUUGGACAUGCUCGAAUCUUGGCCUAGAUAUUCCCAAGGAUUUAGGUUACACUAGGAAGGAUCUUGACAAGGAUUAUAGGAAAUCCCAACUACUAGCGCUUUUACUUUGCAUCGGAUCGGUGGACGUCGCGCUCGGUGAUCCUCUCACGGAGCAACGACUGAUCGACGUCCUUGAAGAUCUAUAUAAUGAUGGCGUACUGACGGACGAAGCCGUCAUCGCGACAAACGAAGCCGAUUCUUAAUCACCGCUGCCACCGUUAGCGUAUAUAUGCACCGAAGAAUUAAUAUUUCUAUCAGGGCUGUGACUCAAAGCGAAGAGUUUCACGUGAAGCAAUAGAUACUUCGAUAGCCCACUUGUAGUUUAAAGACGCAAUCUUUGUGUUCCCAGUCCAAAAGAGGCUUAAGCCAGCAAUAACAUGAAUGCCGGCAUCGAGGAAAAUAGCUGCAAACAAGCACGACUCAACGUCGGAAGAAUACAGUGGACGUUAGAAACUUACGCUCUACUCAAUUUCAUUUCAUUACGACGAGAUAAGACAAGUGGGACGAAAUAGAUCGAGAUCGAUAUUAAAGAACACAAUACAUGUCUUAGUUAUAUCAAUAUAAACUUUGAUAAUUUAUCGGCCAUUACUUCUUGAAAGCUAAAAUAUCUUAAUGAUUACGCAAGAUUCACUUGCAAUUUGAUGAAAGUCUCAAAAGUAAGAUAAAAUCGGAAGCAAAUUUUUUAGAAGGUUUACUACGUAAAGUCUACUAAGAAAAAUAUUGAUUUCUUAUUGAUAAAUAUAGAUUUCUCUAAUCUGUUUCUUCUCAUUUCGAUUUGUUGCUCAGAUACAAAUUGCUAAUGGACGUCUUUAAUGCGUUGUGCCAAACCGUUAAAGAUCUAGGCAAAUAGUUGUGAUACAAUUAUUAAGAUGAAAUCAAUUAGAUCCGUGAGUAAUGUUAUAGGACAUAUAUUAAAGUUAUAGAGUAUUUUCGAGAUAUACAAAACAAUUACGUUCCAUUUGUCCGAAUACGUCCCGUGAUAAACUUCUUCCGACAAUUAUUCCAGCGAACGCGCUGUUUUGUUAAUGCUAUAUACAAUUAUUGUAUUAUCCAUUUUCUCUGUAUAAACUAUAUGGAUAAAAUAUACUUCGAUGUUAUCACGAAUAGUAAACAAAGUUCCUAUCGCAAUU